GUUCUUAAAUGGAAAAUAAAUGUACAAAAGAAAGAGCUUUCGAUUGCUACUCAGUUUUGACUGUAGCAUCCCUCUUUCUCUCAUUUCGAACCUUUGGGGGAAGAAAUUAAGACCAACUAACCCUUUCCGCGAAUUCCUUAUGGCUUCUUCCGUUUUCUUGUACGCUAUCAUCUGCUUUAAUCGUACUAAUUUACACACACCCAAGGCCAUUUUCUGCAUACCCACAUUAUUAGCCUUAUUCACCACUACUUGUAUUCUCUUCUAUAUCUGCUCCACUUCCAAUUAUCUCUUGGUUUUUCCAUCUCAAAGCCAUGUUCGUGUCAAACAAUCUUCAGCAACUGGGAUGCUCUCUAUCUCAAGCUCAACUUCUCGGAAUCAAAGACAGACCAAGUUAUCCGCACCUGGGGCAUUUUCCAACUCAACAGGAGUUACAGGACUGGUCAACUUAUCUGUUGUCGGGCUUCCAACCCCAUUUGAGUACCAGAAAAUUUCUCAUUUUGCCGUGGAUGAUGCUCUGGAAAAUACUAGGCUAGGGAAAUCUGAAAUGAUAUCAAGUGGAAACUAUGUGAAUAACGAGGUGUUCCAUGACAGAGAUUUCUUUGUGGGGAACUAUGGGCAAAUGAACAGGAGUUUGAAGAUAUACGUCUAUUCUCACAGAAGUGACGAUCCUUUUGCUAAUAUCCUGUUGCCUGUGAAUUUUGAACCUGGGGGUAAUUAUGCCAGUGAGAGCUAUUUCAAGAAGGUUCUUAUGAUCAGCCAUUUCAUUACAAAGGAUCCUUCCAAAGCUGAUCUCUUUUUUCUGCCCUUCUCGAUUGCAAGAUUGAGGCAUGAUCCAAGAGUUGGGAUUCGUGGCAUCCAAGACUUCAUCAGAAACUAUAUAUCUAACAUCAGUCAUGAGUACCCUUACUGGAAUCGAAGUGGAGGUGCUGACCAUUUUUAUGUUGCUUGUCAUUCUGUUGGACGGUCUGCCAUGGAGAAAACGAUUAAAGUUAAGCUCAAUGCCAUCCAAGUUGUAUGCUCUUCCAGCUACUACGUAUCAGCUUAUGUUCCCCACAAAGAUGCAUCCUUGCCGCAGAUUUGGCCAAGGCAAGGCGAUAAUCCAGAUCUUGCAGCAUAUGAAAGGAGAACGCUGGUGUUUUUUUCUGGAUCAUUAAACUCCCCUGUACGGGAAAAUCUUCUUCGAGUAUGGGGAAACGAUACAGAGAUUUCUGUCCACACUGGUCACCUUGAAAAACCUUACACAGAGGAGCUUCUAAGCAGCAAAUUCUGCCUUCAUGUUAAAGGCUUCGAGGUGAACACGGCUCGUAUCAGUGACGCACUAUACUAUGGGUGCGUCCCAGUGAUAAUUGCCAACCAUUAUGAUCUUCCUUUUGCUGACGUACUGAAUUGGAAGAGCUUCUCUGUUGUUGUUGCCACUUUAGAUAUACCAAAACUGAAGAAGAUUCUCCGAGGCAUAAGUACUGAUGAAUAUCUUGUCCUGAAAAACAAUGUCAUCAAUGUUAGAAAACAUUUCCAGUGGCAUCUUCCACCCUUUGAUUAUGAUGCAUUUUACAUGGUCAUGCAUGAGCUAUGGCUCAGACGAAGUUCCUUGAGGGUUUCGGGUGAUUUUUAGUAAAUGAAGCGGUUAAAUACUUUGUUUUACAACUGAGUCUUGUUAGUUUAGUCAUCUGGUGCUUGCAGUCCCUUGCUUCUGUUCAUUCAUUUGCUUCUGUUCACAUGUAAAGCUAAUCUUCAUUAUAUUCGUCAACUUUGUUAACCUCUAAUCCAUCAAUCCCCAGAAUUUCAAGUACCAAA